GACGAACAGAUUCACCUCGCGGUGGUGUACCAUGGCAGCAUCAUGUCGGCAGAACUAUACGGAGCUCGCCUCCUCGAAGAGGUCCAGGAAGAGAGUCUCGAGCAGUUCCUGGCAGAGCUCAGAUGUACGAUAGAUCCUCGACCAGGAUCUGUUCUAGGAGUCCCCCCGCUGGACAAUCUCCUCGAAUCACUCCACUACCCAGCCGUCCAAGACACCCCUCCUCGUCGAGGAUGGCCGUCUUCACCACCAGCAGCACCUGCGGUGUUCGAGGACAACAGAAGCGACGGAGAAGACCAGGAUGACGCCGAGAUCUCUCCCCGUAGGCUGGAGCAACGGGCGCCUACGGAGAAAGCCAAACCUGCAACGAUCGAACUCACCAGUCUGAGGUCCGCCUCCGGGAAAACUUCUUUGCUCUGCUAUCUGUGCGCCGUGGCGGUCCUCCCCAGAGACCUGGGUGGCAAGGCAUCGACGGUCGUGUACAUCGACGCCGACGGCCGGUUUUCCGCUGCACGGCUGGCGCAGAUCACGAACCACUACAUCCAAAAUCACCGGUCCGGCAAACACCCCUCCGCUGCCUUUCCAGACUCGGACAUCGAACAAACCAUCCGCUCGUCCCUCGACCACAUACACGUCUUCCGGCCGCAGUCUUCGGCCCAGCUGAUCUCCAUCCUCUCGUCUCUGCACACAUACCUCCUUGACGGGUCGCGGCAUCACUCGAUGCAUCGGCCGCUAGGCGUGAUCGUGAUCGACUCAGCGACGGCGUUCUACUGGCAGGACCGAUCCGACCUCGCCACAGCGAAGCUCGAAGCCCCGGGCACCACGGCCGGAGGACCCUCCAGGGCCACGGAGACGAUUGAGAAACUUAAAGCCCUCCAAGAGCGGUUCGAAUGUGCUGUUGUCUUCAGCACCACCACCACCACUGCUCCAUCUUCUCUUCCGUUCGCCUCGUCCUCAACGAUGCGGACGCUGAACGAGACGACGACGAUCACGUCCGCCCCAACCACUCCGGCGCCCUCAGGCGGGGACGCCCGCUUCGUCUCCCCGUGGACGUCGUACGCCGCGCUCUCGCUCUCGCUCGCGAGGCUGCCCGUCGCGCAGUUCCCGGCCCAGAUGGGCGUGGAGGAGUGUUUGAGGGACCGGGAGAAGCGGCUCGAACCGGUGCGCAGGGGGAGAUUCGCAGCGACUCGCCUCCCCAGCGGGGCAGCGGCGCAUAGAGGCCCAGAGAGGGAGGAGGGAGGGGACGGCGGGCGCGGAGGAAAGGGAGGGAGAAGUGCCUUCGGAUUCCGGAUUACCAUCGAGGGCGUGGAAUUCGAGUAAAGGGCGCAUCGCUGUACUGUCACUAGAGGAGUGGAGAGAAGAUUUCGAAAAAAACCUAGGUCGCUUGAAACCUCCCUUUCGAGGAGCAUGUGGUCUUGUUGGUAUCUGAAAACAAGCUAUCUAAACGCCUCUCUUUCCACCCCCAGUAAUCCAGCCCAUAUUUACAACUUGUCUCGUUUCAUCAUUAUCUAUGUAUAAAGAAUGGUCUCAUAUCAACCAUUCCUUUCUUGAUUCAAACCCGUACAUCCGAGCUUCA